AUGCUCAUCGGGAAGAGGGCGAGGAACAUCAUUCCCAACCAACUCAUGUUUCAGAAACCGCUCAACACGAGGAGCAGCAAUCCGAAGAUAAAAGAAGAAUCCGAGGACUCUGUAGGCCCUUUCACAGAGGAAGUGAUGAACUUCGAACUACCAAAGGUUCACCUUGCCGUUGACCCUCACCCCUACGACGGACUCGGUGACCCGAGAAAGUUCAUAAAGAAAUUCCGAUCAAUAAUGAUCGUCAAUGGUGCAUCAGAUACAGUCUUAUGUCGUUGUUUUCCGAACUAUUUAGACGGUCCUGCACUUGAUUGGUUGUGUGCUUUGCCUGCAGGCUCCAUUUCACGCUUCCAUCAGUUGGCGAGGUUAUUUGAAGAACAUUUCGCCGGAUCCGCAAUAUAUUUGCACGACUCCGACUACCUGAAUACUAUCAAGCAAGGACCUAACGAAAGCUUAAAGGAUUAUAUGACUCGCUUUACCAAGGUCGCUAUCAGCAUACCUGACCUCCAUCCCGAGGUUCAUCUGCACGCAAUUAAAAGCGGCCUCCGACCCGGGAAGUUCCAGAAGACGAUCGCGGUGGCAAAACCGAAGACCCUCGCAGAAUUUCGCGAGAAAGCAAAAGGACAAAUUGACAUCGAAGAGCUCAGACAAGCUCGGAAAUCUGACAAAUCGCACUUCCGCGAAGAAGAUAAGAGCUCAUCCUUUAAAAAAAGUUUUAAACUAACACCCCGAUUUGAUUCUUAUACGCAGUUUAACACCAAGAGGGAAGACAUCAUCAAGGAAAUCUUGAACUCCAAACUAAUCAAGCCGCCGAGAAAAGCCGGCACAUACCAGGAUACAAAGAAUGUGGACAAAUCAAAGUACUGCACUUUCCAUCAGAAACACGGCCACAACGAUGAUUGCGUGGUCGCCAAAGAUCUUUUAGAGCGACUAGCCAGGCAAGGGCACCUUGACAAAACAUAG